AUGGCGGAGAAGUUCAUUGUUGUCUUCAAAGACAAUGUUACACCAGAUGUGAUCGACCGUUAUGCAGCAAGGGUCGAGGAAUUAGGUGGUAUGAUGAUUCAUAGAUAUGAUGGUACAACUUUGAACGGAUUCGCCGCCGAUCUUACCGAGCAGUGUCUGACUUCGUUGCAAGGAGACGAUCUCAUUGACUAUGUCGAACCCUCGGAUUGA